AUGAGUAAAAAUAUUCGUACAUUUUAUGUCGCUCAUUUUUACAACACCGCGGAAAGGCAGAUGUUGCCGUGCUUGCAAGGGAUGAUGCUGGACGUCGCGAUUGAAUUUGAAAAGGCCAUCCGUACUCCAAAGUCGACGCGUACGAUUAAAGAGUCGUCUUAUCAAGUCAUUUGGGACAACCCAAAAGAAGUUGAACAGUACAUUGGAAUCGUUCAAGCGUCGGCGCAGCGGCUGAUGAUCCUAAACAGAAAGUUGCAGCGAUAUCAUGCUGAAACAUGUGAUCUGCAAAUAAAGUCGGAGAACAUGAAAGCUUGGAAGCUACACUGGAACUUCCAACUUUACAAAGCUUUGCAUCAUCAGUUUCAAGUGGGACUAAUAAAGCUGGCUGAUGACUUACCAGAUAUCAAGCUUGAGCUGCUGUAUCGGCAGCAGCAGCUGGUACUGAAGCCACCGGCUGAAGAAAUACGAUCUAAGUACUAUCACGAGCUAAGAAAGUUUCUCGGCAUACCGCAGAAUUUCAAAGGUGUAUACGAUGUGCUUCCUGCUGACGAAGAUAACAUUUUCCUCACAAUAAUUGAACGCAGCUCUGAUCAUUUUUGCAAACUCUACGCCGACGCUGAAGAACUGUUCGAGCAGCUUGCAGAUCUGGAAGAAACGUUCAUGGAAUGGGUCCAAAUAGGCCAAAUAAAUUUGGAUCAACUGAUAGAGGAGAAAUUUAACGCUGUUUUGGACUGGGAAUACAAUUUCAAACUGAUCAAAUCCAAAGGAAGAGACGUUGAGAAACUUCCUAAUGAGGUGAAAAUUGGCUGCCUAAUCGUCAAUACACAGCCUGUAAAGAUGAGCAUUGAAGAAUUGCUGCAGCGCAUCUACGACACGCUAGUGUUCACGCUUCGCAACUCGGUUCAAACGAACGUUCAGAUGAUCAACCAGUUUCUUACCGAUGCCAUCAAGACGUUGGCUAUCCGACCACAAACCAUGGAAGAGAUUGCUGUCGCAAACCAAAUGCACCAAACCUUCGUCAAGAAACGGAAAGACUUGACCCUGUUGCUUGCAGACGUGGAAAGUAGGGCGAAGGUUUUGCGGACGGUAGCGGUAGGCUACUUGGAGUCGUUAAAUUCAACGCAGCAGCUGCUGGAAAAAUUCGACGUAGUACUGGAAAGUCACCAGAUGAACAUCAAAGAACAGGUAUUACCAGAGAUGUCAUAG